AUGCUUCUGUCCGCUUUAAUCACGAUUUCUGCACUUGUUCCAAAUGUGUUGGGAAAUCCAGUUGCAAACUGUGAUACUACUUAUACUGUAAAGAGUGGAGACUAUUGUUAUAAGAUCGCUCAAAACUUUGGAAUGGCCGAUUACCAUACUUUGGAUACAUACAAUUCAGCUGCUCCCAAUCCUCUGAAAUGUGAUGUAACUAUAUUAGCUAUUGGACAAGUGCUGUGUGUUCAUACUGCUGCUGCACUUACCCCCACGCCAAGUGUAAAGGCCAGCCCGGCAGCUAGCAUCAAGGCCAGCCCAGCACCCAGCAUCAAGGCCAGCCCAGCAAAAAGCGUAACUCCAAGUCCAGCACCAAGCAUUAAAGCCAGUCCAGCAAAAUCUCCAGCACCAAGUAUCAAAGCAUCACCAGCACCAUCCAUAAAAGCAUCUCCAACACCAUCAAAGAAGGCUAGCCCAGCUCCCUCUCCCACCGUCGCAACGAACCUAACACCGUUACAGAUCGCUCAAAACCCGGCUGAUACGUACAUGCCAAUCGCUGGUCGUGCUACGUAUUUCACUGAUACGCAAACGCUGUGUUUGGGUUAUGGAGCCAUACCGCAGUAUGCAGUGGCACUGAACUGGAUGACUGGGAUGAGUUCUGUGAGCUAUGAUCCCAACUUUUGUUGGAAAUGUGUUUAUGUGUGGACGGCAAAAGGCUCCUUUACCGCCAAAGUUGUUGAUGUUUGUGAUAAGGCUAACUGUGGAAUCAACGAUCCCUCUCAUUUGGACAUUCACGGUACUGCCGCUUUCUCUGUUGUUGGUAACGUCGUUGACGGCCUCAUCCCAAUCAACUGGGAAUGGGUACCAUGCUAA